AUGUUAUUACUUCAGCAUAUCGAUCUGACAGAUAUUCCAGCCUUUAGGUUCAAGUCUUGUCCUCUGCCAAAUGAUUCAUUCGUAAAUAUUUUGCCUCUCAGUAGGGCACAUUCUUUAAACCAUCUUAGUAUUGAAAUGAGACAAGGUAACAACGCAUUUUCACCAACCUUGUUUCAGAACAUUUCUUCCACUCUGCAGGGCUUAGUGAUGAACCACAAUAACAUUGAAUCCUUACCUGAGUCGAUUUUUGAGGAGUUUUCUUCUUUGCAGUAUCUUUCUUUGUCUGACAAUAAACUAAAAUCCCUUCCGGAGAACUUAUUACUAGAUCUUUCAAAUUUAACGACUUUGUUUAUAACAAACAAUGAAUUGCAAAGCUUACCGGAAAAUAUUUUUCAAAGUUUGUUUAAACUCGAAAAACUAUACCUUUUCAAAAAUCAGCUGAAAAGUUUGCCAAAUAACCUGUUUAAGAGCUUAGUGAAUCUCAAGAUUCUUGACAUAGCUGAUAAUCACAUCGAAUUACUACCAGAAGGGAUUUUUCUGGGACUUUCCCAACUCAUUCAUGUUCGUCUCCGUGGGAAUUAUCUUAGGAUUCUACCAAAAGAUUUGUUUAGUUACUCUAUUAAUUUACGAGACAUUGAUCUUAGUCUUAAUGGAUUUCAAGAACCUUUGCCUGAAGAACUCUUUUAUGGACUGAAUCGAUUGGAGAACAUCAGCCUUCAUGACUGUAAUUUGGCACUUAUUCACGAAACCUUCUUUUCACCUUGUUCAAAUAUUACUCAUUUGCAAUUGCAAAAUAACGGUUUGAGGAUCUUACCAAGCAAUAUUUUUCGAAAUAAUUCCAUGCUAAAGCAGAUAAAUCUAAAUUUUAACCAUAUCAACACUUUACCUCCAAAUUUAUUUCCAAAUCACAAGCAUUUAGAGAAAGUUCAUUUAUACCAUAAUAACAUAUCAGAAAUACCAAUUGGGCUCUUUGAACACGCCAAAAAUAUCAAAACAUUAGUAUUAGGCCAUAAUAACAUACAAAGUGCUAAUCGAAGUGUAUUUCGCGAUUUACCACAGUUAGAGAACAUAGAUUUGAGUAAUAAUAAUUUAUCUUCCACAUACGUGAACCAGAACACUCACACUCUGAACACGGGAGUAAGGGAGGACCUUGAGUCCGGUGUCUUAGCCCGCUCGGACAUCCUGACACAUCCUUGCUUCUAAAUAGACCCUAUAAUGUAUUAACAGUUGUUAAUUUACAGUAAAAUUUUUCUGUACUGUAAUCUCUCCAUUUUAUAGUAAUAUUCAUCAAAAAAAAAAAAAAAAAAUCCUGAAUUUUUAACAGUGUAAGGAGGAUGUGAACUAGUAGUAGAAUAUUUUGAAUGAUGUGCUUUUUCGUUUUCCUUUUUGUUAAAAUCAGUGUCUGAAAUGCACAAAAUGUUUCAGAUUUCAACCGUGACCUAUGUCAUGUUUCUAUAUUUCUGUUGCAACAAUACACACUAUAAAUAGUUCCAAUGCAUCUUUCGAAAAAUGGUUUGCAAUAUUGUACAUAUGAUAAGUUUAUGACAUUUUACUAGGCAUUGUAUAUAUACAUUCGACAAAUUAAUUUUUUUAAGGAACUUUUAGUGGAUUCAUCUGGACAUGGUUUUCAUUGUAAAAGUGACCUUGCAUUAUUCAGUGGUGACCAAAAUGGAUAAUGAACUGUACAUAGUUGUAGCUAUACUUUGACUCAUUUUUGACUUGAAUGUUAUGACCUAAAUUAUUUCCCCAUGUGUCUGUUCUCUUCUAAUAUUAUUUUCAUUCUAUACAGCUUUUUCAUCAUUCACGUUUUUUACAUAAAUAAAUCCAUCCAUUCAUAAAACUUGUUUUUUUUUCUUUGGGGGGAGGGGGGUUGGAAGUGAAACUUUUUGUGCGAGACCUCGAGGGCUUUGAAAUUCUGAUCGACAAAACUUUGUGUAACGGAAGUGACAUAGAUGUUUUUUGUGGCAAAGAGUCGCACAUGCGCAUUUCUUGCUUUUUUUCUUUCUCAUAGUCCGUGGUUGCGUGUAAUGCGUUGAGUACAGCUGUUGCUUAUCAACAGGGCAUCCGUUGAAACACGUGUGUAUAACCAACGCAUUUCGAGUAUUGUUUAGUGUUCGCGUUGUUUAUUACCUAUUUUUUUUUGUCAUUAAAACAUAGAAUUUUGCUGUGAAUAUACCUGAAACGUCUUGGCCGAUAUUCGAUCCGGGGUCCGAUGCUUAGCGAUUUAGCCACUAUGACUAUCAGUUAGAUUGCGCUGUGCGACAAUAUUAGUAUGUGUUCGAAAAUGAUAAUUUCUCCUCUUAAGAACGUAAAAAAUGAUACACAGUGACACAUAUCUAUAUAAUUUUAUGUGAAUAAAUAAUGAUAAUCACAAUCUCUACAAUACAAAAGUUUCACUUCUAUCGUGUGUCUUUACCGUGGUUUUUUUUUUUUUUUUCCUCAUUAUUCUGGAAGUUUAUGUUGAACUCAUAAAGCGGCAUUCCAGCGCACAAUGUUGUAUUUUCUUCAAAAACUCUAUAGUACAAGUAUCUGUACAAAGCAGAAAAAUGUAAUAAAGUUAAUGUGAAUAAAAUCUUGUAAAUACUUCAA